AUGUUUUCCAUAGGCCUACAAAUUCUAGCACACCUCCUUCUAACUAUUGCAUUAGCCGGAGAUUCUGACGGAGACGACGAUUACACACCAGCUCUGCCAUCCGACCUUACUGCCUCCCACGCAGCUGGGCCUUCGUUGCCUUCAAAGAGCGAAUCGAAUACUUAUACACUGCCUCCAAAACGACACUACCCUCAACCACUUCCUACAGCUUACGCUUCACAAAUAGAAGGAAAGUCAGGCGUGGAAGAGUUCUUGGAGAGGGAGGAAAGGAGAAGGAAACUUCAGGAACAAGCGAACAGGCUGAAAAAGCUCCAGCGGGAAGAGUGGAUGCUUGUAUUUCCAAAAAGUGGCGACUUAUUGACAUUCAUAUUGCACUUGACCCGACGAAAGCCAGACCUCCGAAUACACCGCGAGAGGAGGACUUGCGUGACACAGCAAAGCGACGGCGACGGGAUAAAAAUAUUUGCAGAGGAGUUGAGAAGCACAUGCAAGGCUCGUGGUUCAGCCCCUGUAGAGUCACAUCUAGAACGAGAAAAGGAGGAAAAGAAGCGCAAGCAGAGUGUGGACGGCCUAUGGAUGAUCAACAGAGGUAGAAGAUGCUUCGGGGUGCCAAAGGACUCGCAGAGCAUUUCGGUACGCUCGGAGCUCACUCUUGUUGUGAAGACAUCUGCAAUCUCGUCUGGUACAAUCGUUGCAUCAAAAUCAUCAACCCGAGUGUCGGAGCAAUGUGCUAUUGGGUUCCAGAUCAUGUCUCCGUCCACUCUUUCAUCUGCCCUCCUCGCUGUUGCGGCCAUAACCAUUGUCCAUGCUCAGCCUGAUCCUGCUGACCCCCCUUACCAAGUCGACUAUCAUACUGCUGCUCUUCGCGGUCCCCAACCCAACUCCACCAUCGGUGACACCGAGGGUCAGGAAGUUGCUUGGUGUACAAAGCCAGGACACGGUACUCGUCUCAUCCCCGCUGGUGCUCUCCAAGGCGUCCAGCUCAUCAAGACCCCCAACUACAUCCAAAUUGCCGGUUUCAUUGACCAGACCCAAGUCAACAUUGCUGCUAAUGACUACGGAGGCGAGUUGGACCCCUACGGUGCUGAUCUGCGCGGUAACCCUCUUGGCGGUCUCACGUACUCCAACGCGUUCCCCAGCAACGACGAUAACAAUGACUCGUACCACCAGGUUAUUGACUGGACAAACUUCAUGGGUGGCACCGGCUUCUGUAUAAAAGUCUGCGAUCCCGCCGGCCAGAACCAACAGGCCCUCUGCCAAAACAUCUAUGACCAUCUUGGGUGCGCAUACAACGCACAGAAGAGUGUUUUCGAGGUCUGCGAUGGUGACGACAUGUUCCCCGUCGGUGUCUACACUACCAACGGCGCUACCUCGACCUAUUUCCAACCCCCCGAAUCUCUUGGUCCAAUCACCACCUACGUCGCUGUACAUCGGGCAGCUGACGCCAUCAGGCGCGACCGCGAGUUCAGGUGCAAGUGGAGCAAAGUCAACAGCGAGUGGCACACAUCACCGGCUAUCGGGAGGGGACUCCCCGGCUGGGGGCCCGCAGUCGUCCCCUCCGUUUCGGGGAGCGUGGGGGGGUCGCGGGGGGGGUCGCUUUUCGUCCCGGUCCAAAGCCCUGCCGCUCGUCCUCGUCUUUCCGUCCGUGGUCUCGCGACGUCCUCCGGUCGAGAUCCCGGCCCAAACGCUCGAAAAUCAUGGACGCGUUUGGCAUCGGACCGUGGGAACUUUUGGCCGGAAAUCGAUGUCGUGCCCCUCGUCCCGCUGAGUCCUUCCAUGGUCUCAUGGCAUCCUCUCGUCGCAUUCCAGGCUGCGUGCGGUCGUAACACUCGAAAAUGUGAAAUCCAAAAAUCAAAAUCCAAAAAUCCAAAAAAGCAAAUGGCAGGAAUCUAA